AUGCACUGCAAUGUUUUGGGUAAUGAUAAUUUCCUAUACAACUUUACUCAAUGUUCAUUGCAUUGUAUUGUGCUUUCCAGGGGCAUCUAUCAUUUGCGAAAGAGUUCCGAUUAUCCCCGAGACAGUACAGCUCCAGCCUUCACAGCUCGAGAAUGCGAAAUCGCUGCAAACCACUUGGGCUUUCGAACUCGACAAAGACGAUUCUGCAAUCAUCCGCGUCUUGGAUAUGCCAUGCUUCCAGUGCUUAGAGCUGCCCGUGCCGUCUGCUACCACUGUCCUGACACAUUCUCAGAUCGAAGAUGGAAUUGCUCUUCUGUCGAAGCUCUGCCUUUCGUCUCUCCAGAACUUAAACGGGGCACAAGAGAACAAGCAAUCGUUCAUGCUUACGCGGCAGCAGCAUUGGUCUUUGAGAUCGGACGCUACUGCGCACUCAACAAAAUUCGCUACUGCUCCUGUGGUAUGACAGGUGGAACAGAAAUGAUCAUUAGUCCCGAAGGAGGUCAAAUGUCGCGUUUUCCUCAAGGCUACACGCCUUCCAAACGCGUGAAGCGUCAGAUCGAUUUGGCUAACUUUCGCAAACUUAGUGAUGCCAUCUCCUUCCAACCAGAAGGUGUCUCUCUCCAGCAACAACAACAAAUUCAACAACAACUUCAAGCGCAUGUCCAAAAUACGCAUUAUUGGAGCGGAUGUCCAGAUAAUGUCGAUACAGCUCGUAGCUACGUAGCACAGUUCUUAGGUUUUGAUGAAAAACGACUGCUUAUGGUUGGAUAUCACCCUCGUAGUCAGUCUGCCAUGUCAUAUACAUCUUCUUCUUCUGGCGAUUCAGAUGCAUCGUCAGAAUCCUCAUUGUAUUCAAAGCCUUUUAAGAAUCCUACAGGGAACGAUAAAGACUCGGUACCUUAUGGAUUCUAUUCUCCACCUACUACGAGUCCGCCGCAUCCAUACUUGAACAGACAGUCCAGAAGCGUUGAUGCGAAGAAUCCCAUGAAGGAAGAAGAGAAAGGUUUAAAUAGAGCUUCAAGGCGCGCGAAUAGGAAGCAAAAAGGCCCAUCAAAAAUGAAGCUUGUGAACCAGCACAAUUCCAUGGCUGGCGCCUGGAUGAUGAUAUCACUCCAGAAACAGUCGUGUAAAUGCCACGGUGUAAGUGGAAGCUGCACUCAGAAGGUCUGCUUCCGACAAUUGCAGAGGAUUGACACGGAACCUAUCAAAGCGGCCAUCAAACAACGCUACUUGACCGCUAAGAUGGUGUCUGGAAUUCAAAAUGAUCGCCUUAUGGUGUCUGUGUUUAAAGAGACCGACUUUGAGGAUGAGUAUGCCCAGUUGGAAGACCUUGUUGUGACUCAACAUUCGCCAGAUUAUUGUGAUCUUGAUCCAGAACGCGGUUCACUAGGCACCCAAGGAAGGUUCGUUUAA